AUGAGAAAAAGCACCAUCAUGGGCCAGAAACGUUCAAACGACAGCCAGCCUGCAGUGACCCGGAAAAAGGCCCGGAAAACGAAGAAGAAGCCGCAAAAUACGUUCGAGACGCUUCCACCCGAGCCCCAGGACGACAUUGUUCUCGUUGAGUCGGGCGACGAAUCGCAUAGUGAUGUUGUGGUGUUUCUGGAUAGAGAAGAGGAAACGCAAGAAACAGAAACCAAAGAGGCUAAGGCCAUAGACUCGAUACCAGAAACAGCAGAUGCUGCUCCUCCCAACGACCUAACCAACAACAACGACUAUAUCCGGCUUGGGCUUUCGUCCUCUGAAGACGAGGCGGAAGACUUAUCAGAUGACGGCGUUCUCAGCGACGACGAGUCCGGCUCGCGGCACCAUAGCCAGCUGGCCACGUCGCCGUACCCGUGGGUCAAGGGCCACGACCAUCUGAAGCAACGUGAAAUCGCCGAUUGGCUUACGAUGGAAAUCAAGGACUUUGUCAACUACAUCUCGCCGUCGAAGGAGGAAAUUGUGGUGCGGAACACUGUGAUUCGCCGUUUGAAACGGCGCAUAGCGGAGUUCUGGCCUCAGACCCAGGCGCAUGUUUUUGGCUCUUGUGCCACAGACCUAUAUUUACCGGGUUCGGACAUAGACAUGGUGGUGAUUUCUACCACGGGAGACUACGAGCAGCGGGGCAAACUCUACCAGCUCUCGUCUUUUCUCCGUACAAACAAGUUGGCAAAGAACAUCGAGGUGAUUGCCACAGCCAAGGUGCCCAUUAUCAAGUUUGUCGAUCCACAGUACAACAUCCAUGUGGACAUUUCGUUUGAACGUACAAACGGUCUAGAUGCGGCCCGGCGUAUUCGGAAAUGGCUCGACUCGAUGCCGGGGCUUCGUGAGUUGGUCUUGAUUGUCAAGCAGUUUUUGCGCCUGCGCCGCUUGAAUAAUGUUCAUGUGGGUGGAUUGGGCGGAUACGCCACGAUUAUUUUGAUGUACCACUUUUUGCGGCUCCAUCCGCGUGUCUCAACGGGCAACAUUUCUGUGAUGGAGAACUUGGGCACCUUGUUGAUUGAGUUUUUCGAGUUGUACGGGCGCAACUUCUCCUAUGACCAUCUCAUUGUUGCAUUGGCCAACGGCGAAGAUCCACGGUACUUGCUCAAACUGCGGAACCAUGUCUUAACUGCGGGCCGUGGUCAGUUUUCUAUCGUGGUCCAGGAUCCGCUGGAUCCAGCCAACAACAUCACGCGAUCAUCGUACAACUUGCGGGACUUGAAGAAAGCCUUUGGCGGGGCAUAUCAGCUUCUUGUGGAAAAGUGCUACGAGCUUCAUGCUGCAUCAUACAAGAACCGCAUAGGUCAGCUGAUUUUGGGCGAUAUUAUCAAGUAUCGGGGCAAGGAUAGAGACUUCAAUGAUGACAGAGAUAAAGUGGUCAAUUCGGCUUUGAUAAGCCAUUUGGAUGAUGAAGACGAUGAUGAGAGCGAUGGUGCCGAUGGUAAUGAUAAGUACUACUUAUCUGACAUGACCAGUGAGGAAGAGGAAACAUACGUGGCACCAGAGCACAAGCAGCCUCAGAAAAACGAAAAUAAGGCGUCGGUUGAGUCAUUUAUGGGCAUACAAAGCGAGUCGGAAGAGGAAGAAAAAGUCCGCACCAACUUGGACAAGGAUGUGAAGAGAGAAUACUGGCGUUCGAAGGGACUAGAGAUUUAA